GUAACGCGCCGCAGGGCACAUGACGCUUGGAACGGCUUCUGGAAAUUGUGGUUAGUGAGCAGUGAUGCCUACAAGGAUAGAGGAGCUAGCGUUGCCCAAACCAAACCUCCUCAAGUUCCCUGACAGGCGCUCAGUAUACUGGCUUGAUGAGCUACCAACCAGGUCAAAGAACACAACUACUGCCUUUGAAUUGACUCCUCGUUUGGAGCAGCUCGCCCAGAGCAAACAAUCAAACCGUUUCCUUGAGGAGAGCAGAAGGUCACCGGAGUGGAUGGUUAGUGCAGCAGCGCUAAAAGCACGUCCUUCUGAAAGAGUGUGUUCACUGGCACUGCCUCGUAUGCCAGCUGAUGGAUGGCAGCCUGAUCGCCCUCUGCUGGCCACUUUAAGUGUUGCGGUUAAAACUGCCAAGCCGAGUACAAGAACUUGUCAUCUGGCACAACCAAAGCGGGCAAAAACGCUGUUAACACAGUGCAGCGUUGAUUCAAGCGCCCACGCUAUCAGCAUUCCCAUCACACCCUCCUCACGCGUACUACAGCUGGCUUCUCCUAAGCAGGUCCAUGCACAGCACGCUCUCGCAAGGCCGGUUUCUUGGCCGGUUCCAGAUUGUGUUCUGAAGGCCGUAGCCAGCGAGAGGCUGCAGAAACUGGCUCGACCCAAGACCCGUCAGGCCCUGUUUGAGGGGUAUGACCCAUACCGGGUCAGUCCUGCCGCUCGGGCCGCCACCGCGUCCCCCAGACUGCUGGAACUGUCUUUACCCUUACCACGCAAAUGUAAAAGCCAAUAAGCUAUCAUCCCACAAUCUUUAGUGAAGUGCUUUCUGUACAUUUUUAUAAUUCUCAUAUGCUCUUUGCAUUUAUUUGAUUAAAAUAAAUUAAAAACAGUAAUAUUGUGAAAUGUUAUUACUGUAUAUUAGAACUGUUUUCUCUUUAAAUAUAUUUUAAAAUGUAAUUUAUUCCUGUGAUGCAGUGCUGAAUUUUUUAGCAUCAUUACUCCAGUCUUUAGUGUCACAUGAUCCUUCAGAAAUCAUUCUGAUAUGCUGAUUUGGUGCUUAAGAAACUCCUCUCAGUAUUAUCAGUGUUGAAAACUAUGAUGGUGUUUUAGUGCCAUGUUAAAAAAUGAAAAAAAUCUAAAAUUAGGCAAUUAAACAUUUCAGCCUUAAUUAUCAAAACAUUUAGAAUUUAUUUUCGGAAUUUCAACUUUAUUCUCGAAAUAUUUAGACUUUAUUUUCAUAAUUUCAAAUUUAUUCUCGUAAUUUCAAUUUUAUUCUCAAGAUAUUUAGACUUUAUUCUCAUAAUUUCAACUUUAUUCUCAUAAUUUUGACUUUAUUCUCGCAAUUUUUGUAUUUUAUUUUCGAAAUAUUUUAACCUUAUUUUUUCA